UGUGGUCCCGCCCCCGGCGGCCGGCCGCAGCAAGCAGAGGAGGCCGGCGGCGGAGGGUCCUGCCCCUGGGACCCGAGGUGGCGACAGAGGGGAGGACAGGACGAGAUCGGACCAACUCAGACGUGCACACACUCACCUGCCGCCCAGGUGUUGACAGUGAAGACAGGACGGAGACGUAGAGAGACGUGGAGAGACAGAGACGCGGAGAGACAGAGACGUGGAGAGACAGAGACGCGGAGAGACAGAGACGCGGAGUGACACAGAGACAGGCGUGGAGAAGCGAAGAGAGAGACUAAGUGAUCCGGGAGGAGGGGACAAGGACAAAGGACGCUCAGCUGCCCCGGCCCCAGCCUUCAUGCCCGCCAGGGGCCCCACCUGGUCCAUCCUCCCAGCUCAGCCUCGGCCGGUGCUUCCCGCAGUCUGACUUGCAGGCCCCCAGCACCUCCUGCGGACGGACGGACGGAGGAGACGAGAGGAGAGGAUGGCCCAGGUCCUGCACGCGCCCGCCCCGUUCCCAGGGACCCCUGGCCCCGCCUCACCGCCCGCCUUUCCAGCCAAGGAGCCUGACCCUCCCUACUCCGUGGAGACGCCCUAUGGCUACCGCCUGGACCUGGACUUCCUGAAGUACGUGGACGACAUCGAGAAAGGCCACACGCUGCGGCGGGUGGCCAUGCAGCGCCGUCCCCGCCUGGGCUCGCUGCCCCGCGGCCCGGGCUCCUGGUGGACGUCCACGGAGUCGCUGUGCUCCAACGCGAGCGGGGACAGCCGCCACUCGGCCUACUCCUACUGCGGCCGCGGCUUCUACCCGCAGUACGGCGCCCUGGAGAUGCGCGGCGCCAGCGGCUUCAACCCUCGCGUGGAGCGGACGCUGCUGGACGCCCGGCGCCGCCUCGAGGACCAGGCGGCCGCGCCCCCGGGCCUGGGCUCCCUGACUCCCAGCGCCGCGGGCUCCACCAGCUCCUUGGUGGGAGUGGGGCUCCCGCCCCCCGUGACUCCGCGCGGCUCAGGACUGUCCACGCCAGUGCCCCCCAGCGCCGGGCACCUGGCGCACGUGCGGGAGCAGAUGGCAGGGGCCCUGCGGAAGCUGCGGCAGCUGGAGGAGCAGGUGAAGCUGAUCCCCGUGCUCCAGGUGAAGCUGUCUGUGCUCCAGGAGGAGAAGCGGCAGCUCGCCGUGCAGCUCAAGAGCCAGAAGUUCCUGGGCCACCCCGCCGGCGCCCGGGCCCGAAGCGAGCUCUGCCUUGACCUCCCGGACCCCCUAGAGGACCCUGCGGCCCUUGAUACCCGCAGUGUGGGCACCUGGGUUCGAGAGCGGGACCUGGGCUUGCCCGACGGGGAGGCGGCCCUGGCCGCCAAGGUCGCCGUGUUGGAGACGCAGCUCAAGAAAGCGCUGCAGGACCUGCAGGUGGCCCAGGCCCGGCCGCCACUGGACACUCCCGUGCGUGUGGACACCGUCCGCGUAGUGGACGGGCCACGGGAGGUGGAGGUGGCGGCCAGCACCGCCACCGGGGCACCCGCCCAGCGAGCGCAGAGCUUGGAGGCGUACGGGGCAGGCCUGAGAGCCCUGGUGACUCCCGGGGACAGCGAGAGCCCUGCGGUGUUCUGCAGCCACGAGGUGGUGGAGACCAUGUGCCCCGUCCCUGCUGCGCCCACCAGCAACGUCCACGUCGUCAAGAAGAUCAGCAUCACGGAGCGGAGCUGCGAGGCGGCCACCGGUGAGUGACCGCGGUGGGGAGGA